AUGCCAAUGGACAUUACUUCUGGACCAACCUACUCUACAUCAACAAUCUGUAUCCUGUUACAAUGGGCAAAGAAUUCUUCCUGUGGGGCUGACCGCGAACACGGUAUAGUCUGGUCGCAACCUGCACACUCGCUCUUCAAUGCAUUCUCACACUCGGUGUACACCGCCGGCUUGGCAUUGUUCUUGGUGGCAACGUUCUAUGGCUAUGGCGGUUACAUGGCAUCGUUCCUUCGAUUGGAGAUCUUCCGAUACAUCUCUAAACUUACCUAUGGUAUCUACCUACUCAAUCCAAUCGUUAUCGGAUUAUACGAACUCACCAGAACUCAUUUUCCGCACUACUCAUACAGCGAGUUUGCAUAUCUCUGUACUGCGAACAUUGCAUUCACAAUCGCAUUUUCAUUUAUCAUUCAUCUCACCGUAGAGAAACCUUUUAUGAACCUUGAACGAUUAUUAUUCGAAAACAAAAACAACAACAACAACAAAACAACAGAGUCAGAAAAACAACGAUCAUCAGAACAACAACAACAACAAACUUUAGAACAACAAAAAAUAGAAACUAAUGUAUAA